AUGUGGAAUUCCUUUUUCACCGUGUCUGCCUUCCAUAUUCCAAAUAAAACCACCACUGAUUGGAUCUGUGUGGCGAUGCCAGGCAUCCUCGAGAAGCAAUGUGACUGGCUGACUGUGCCACUUCAAGAGGAUGCCACAACUGCUUCACACACUAAAACUCAGAGGAAACUUCAAGACAUCCACUCUCUAAGUAUCGCCAUGCUACCUGUAUUGGCAGCCAAACGAGGCUUUAAUGGUCGGUUUGUUAAACUUAUAACCAAGACUAAUUCUUUUCCUGCUUUACUUGUCUUGGAUAAGACAGUAAAGGAAAAUGCUACCAUUAUUUCUGAAAGUGUUCCUUUAGAUAUGGACUUACAUGAAGGGGAUGAAGUUACUUUAACUUCAGAGUGUGUUAAGCUGUAUGCAGAAGAAAUUUCAUUUUGUCUUCUCUCCCACAAAGAAUUAUGCAGCUCAGUUUCGUUCAUACAGUUUUUAAAAGAACAGCUUGUGUGCAUUUGGCAGACACAAGUAUUUGCUGAAAGUGUGACUGAAUCAAACUCAAUACCUAUGAAGGGAAUUAGUUUCGAAGAUAUUGGUGGCUAUCAACACGAACUCCAAACACUGCACCAUCAGGUUGACAUGCUAUUUUCUACAACUGUCACCAAUGUGAAGCCAGUGAAAGGUAUAUUGAUUAGUGGGCCCUCGGGUUGUGGGAAAAGUUUAAUAGGUAAAGCCCUGAAAACGAAGUAUGGCAAUAAAUGUGUCAGCAUGCAGCUUGAUGAUGUGAAAAGCAAAUUUCGAGGAGAAACUGAACAAAGAAUGAAGCAGCUUUUUGAUAAGGCUCUAAACAGAUCUCCAUGUCUUCUCUUCAUUGAUGACUUGGAUAUGUUGUGCAGUUCCAGAGACAAGGGUGGAGACACUGGGAUAGUGACAGCACUGCUGCAUCUCAUGGAUGGCCUUGGUACCACCAGUGAAGGCAUAAUCGUAAUUGCUACAGCAGUAAAACCGCAGACUCUAGAUGCAGCAUUACGCAGACCCGGCAGACUCUCCUAUGAUGUGAUGUUAUCAUCUCCUAAUGAGGCUGCCAGAAGAGACAUCCUUCAGAAGCUUCUUGUAAAUGUGCCUAGUGAUAUAGAGGAAACAGACCUGGCCACUUUAGCCGCUAACGCUCAUGGGUAUACUGGAGGAGACUUACGAAGUAUCGUAAUGGAAGCAGUUAUGCAAGCAGAAGGAAAGAGACUAACAAAACAAGACUUGGAAGCUUCACUGGUAGCCAUAAAGCCUGCAGCACUCAGGGAUUCCACAACUGUUCAGAAACAAGUUAAACUUUCAGAUAUUUGUGGCCAUGAUGUGAUAAAAUCAAAACUUCAUGAAUCACUUAGCCUAACACUGGCUCAUGGCCCAGUGUUUCAGAAGUGCAGCAUAUCUCCACCAUCUAGAUUUCUGUUAUUUGGACCCCCUGGCUGUGGGAAGUCUUUCAUCAUUAUGGCCCUGGCUACAGAGUUCCAUCUGAAUGUCAUCUCUGUCAAGAGGUCUACUGUACUUGGCAAAUAUUUUGGAGAGUCUGAACAAAAUCUAGCAAAUAUAUUCAUGCAGGUAAUCUUUAAAUUAAUAUUUGGUGCAUUGAUAAAAUUUUUUUGUAAUUUCAAUGUGGAGAAUAUCAUGGUAAUGUCACAGCACUUGUAUUCGAGAAAGUCACUGCUGCGUAUCCUAUUGGUCUGCAGGAAGAAAAUUAUAAGCAUUUUGUUUUUGCCUUCCUUCCAUUAUGUUAUUAGUAAUACAAAAUGUUGUGCUUAUUUUUUGACUUUUGGUAUAAUUUUAAUUUUAAUCUGCUGUUCUUAGACAGCCUGCUAUCCAGGAAAAGUAGGGAAUGGUGUAUCUUUUCAAGGACACCUAGAUAGAUGGUUUCCUGAAGUUCACUCUAUUCUGGAAGUCUGGAGGGUGGAAGCAUAUGCCUGCUAUCUUGCAGUUAUGUAUAUAGUAUUAACAUGUACAUGUUAUUAGUUUGGAGGGAUAUGUUGUGUAUCUUUAUACGUAUAUGCUUCUAAACUGUUGUGUUCUGAGCACCUCUGCAAAAACAGUGAUUAUGUGUAUUACAACCCAGGAUUUCAAAUGGCCUGUUAUCCCAAGUGUAAUGGGAGCAAAUAAACACAG